AUGCAGUUCUCCAACAUUCUCUUGGCUGCUCUUGCCACCGCUGGUUCUACCGUCAUGGCUGCUCACUACUUCUGCGAGGCCGACACCGCCAACUACUGCACCAAUGUCAAGGGGCCCAACGGGGCUAUGGUUUCUACUACUUGCGAUGCUGACUGCUGCAACACCCUCAACGGCUGGGGAACCGGCUGCCCCAAAUAA